CAAUAGCAUGUGAGGAAAUACAAAAGAGACCCUACUGGGAAGUGCACUAGAAAGAAGGGCAAGAAGCCAGGAGGAAAAAAAAGAAAAAAGCCAACCCUCCCCUCCCCUCCCAUCCCCUCCUCUUUCCUUCCCUUCUUUUCCUCCCACCUCAGCCACCCAAAUGACUAGGACAACAGGCACACACCAUCAUGCCUGGAUAAUUUUUUAAUGUUUUCUAAAGACAGAAGAGUCUCACUAUGUCACCCAGGCUGGUCUAGAACUCCUGGCCUUAAGCAGUCCUCCCACCUCUGCCUCUCCAAGUGCUGAUAUUACAGGCAUGAGCCACUGCACCGGGCAGGCCUACAGUCAUUCUUUAUAGUUUACCCUCAUUUUCCUGCAUUCUAUAAAUACUCAAAUAGAAGAUAGCAGGGCCUCCUGGCUACUGUGACAGCCUCUAACAAGCAGGUUUAGAAAGAAAAAGGAAAAAGAAGUUCCUGAGUUCAACUGAUGAGGAUUGAACAAACAGUGCACACACACACACACACACACACCAAAGUUAGGAAGACUUUGUGGAUAGGGCCCUUUGGACCCAUUCGAUGCACUGUUUUUUGUUGUCUUUAUAUCUGUAUGUAUGCUAUGAUAUUAAAUACUUAAAAUAUUAUCUCAUAAGUGCCAGAGAGAUUGACCCAGGGAAAAGCACCAAAAAUGUUAGUGGGGCAAACUCCCUGGCCAUUUGAGCCAGUGGGUGGAGCAUAAUUUACCAUAAGUGCCUUCACCCUCCAAUGUCCGAACCUACCCUUAUUGGGCUUUUUGUGUAUUGCAAACAGAGAAAAUCCCUCUGUGCAAGAUAAAAUCGAAAAUUACUCAAUGUACUCAAAACAACUCACAAAAAAUCGACCAUUUCUCAAGGAAUGAAACAAUCAAGAAAUGACAACCUUGAAAUGACUUAGAUAUUAAAAUGACCAAAGACUUUACAGGAGCGGUUGUACCCAUCCUUCAUGAGGUCAAGGUAGACACUCAAAAUGAAUGGAAAGGAAAAACUUGUCAGCAGAAAAAUAGGAAUUAUAAAUUAUAAAUUAAGAAAACAGAUAUUUUAGAAAUAAAAAAUAUAAUGUCUAAAAAAACCUUUAUUCAGUAUGAUAAAUAGCAUAAAGAAAAUGAUGGAGGAAAGACAGUGUUCUUUAGGUUGGAUCAAUAGAAAUUAUAUACUCUAAACAAUACAGGGUAAAAUAAUUGAAAAAAUUAUACAUCAUAUCAUGAAUAUGAAAGGCUAUAACAAAUGAUGUACUAUCAUGCAUUCUGAGUUUCAGAAAAACAGAACAAAGAGGUUGGUGUUGAAAGAAGACUCAGAGGAAUAAUGGUCAAAAAUUUUCCAAACACGGCAAAGAGCAUAAACCUACAGAUACAAGAAGCUGAGCAAAUCCCAACCAGAAUACAACCAAUGAAAUCCAUGCCAGGGAAAUUCAUUGUCCAAUUUCUGAAAAUUAAAGACAAAAUCUUGAAAGCAGAAAGAAGGAAAUGACAUCAUAGUUAUAGGGAAAAUACAAUAUGAAUAACAGUGGUUAUUAUCACCAGAAACCAGAAAUAACAGUAGAAAGGAGUACAAAUAUUUAAAGUGCUCAAAAGAAGAAAUGGUCUACCAGAGGUUUAUGUUCAAUAAAAAUAUCCUUCAUUAAUGUAAAGGAAAUCCAGGCAUUCUAAGAAAAAAAGAAAAGCUAGAAACCUAGAAGAAUUUCUUUCCAACAAACCUAUCUUUAAUUAAUGGCCAAAUGAAGUUCUCUAAACAUAAAGGAAAGAAUAGAAGAGGAAUUUGUGGAACAUCAAGAAUGAAGUAAAAAUAACACAAAGGGGGAAAGUGGGCAAACACAAUAUAUCUUCCUUUUUCACUUGAGUUUUCUUCAUAUGUUUUAACCAGCCAUUGCUAGCAUCGAAGACGGAAGAGAGACAGGAAAUGUGGAAAAAUGACAUUCUUCUCUAGAGCCUCUAGGAGGAAACUCAGCCUUGACACAUGAAUUUAACUCAGUGAACCCCAGUUCAGAUUUCUGACCUACAAAACUGACAAAUAAUAAAUUCAUUUUGACCUAAAAAUUAUAAAGGGAUGUAAGGUUUCCAUACUUCACUAAAACUGGUAAAAAGUGUACACCACUAGAUUAUAAGCUAUGUACAUGUAAAGUAAAACAGAAGAAUCACUAAAAAUGCUGUUCAGAGAGAUACCUCAAAAACUAUAUGGAUCAACUAAAAUAGAAUUAUAAAACAUUUUCAAGGGCCCCAUAGGAGAUCAGGAAAAAGAAAACAAUCAAAAGUAGUAUAAAUAAAAAACAAAAAAUAUGACGGCUCUAAAAUAUGAAAAAAUGCAUUAAGUGUCAAUGGUUAUUGAAAGUAAAUUUUUGCCAUCUCAGUUUGUGAUCUACAUUUUUGCAUAGAUAUAUACUUUAAGUCACAAACAUUUGUAUAACAACUAAUUAUAUAUAAACUCAUUCAUAUUCUCAUGAAAAUAUCUGGAAAAAGCCUGGGUGAGUCUCUCCAGCUCUCACUGAGCCAAACCAGGUCUAGAUGGGUAAGAUGUCCAUCCUGUGUGUUCUAUGAAGAUUAACAGCCUCCCAAAGUCACACACUUCCUAAUUCUCAGGCAAGUGAAUAUAUUAACUUACAUGACAAAGGGAAAUUACAUUUGUGAAUCAAUUGACCUGAAUUUAGAAAGGUUAUCCUGGAUUAUCCAGGUGGACUCAGUAUAACCAUAAGGUCAUUAACUGUAGAAGAGGGAGGCAGAAGAGUCAGUGCAAGGGUGAUGUGAUGCUAUGUGAUGGGAGGCUCAACUGGCUAUUGCUGGCAUUGAAGAUGGGAGAGGGCCAAGUAAUGUGGACAAAAAAUGGGUUCUUCUCUAAAGACUCCAGAAAGGGACUCAGCCUUGACAGGUGGAUCUAACUGAGUAAGACCCAUUAUACAUACUAUUCUUCUCUAGUUUCCCACAAUUACUCAAUUUCCUGUAAUUUAGUGUUAGCCUUGUUCUAAAGAUAAGCGCCUUCUUAGAAAGUGGUGAAUAGCAGAGUGAUACUCAUGGCUAAUGAACAAUUUGCCAUAUUUUCUAAAUUGAAAACAACAUCAACAACAUCCGGUUAAACUGGAAUUACGAAGAGAAGAGAAGAUCAACUUAAUUUUUCCUCAUUUACUACAGUGACCUUAGCCAUGUGACUUAAUUUCUUUAGAUAUAUAUUUUUUUUUGUAUUUUUAGUAGAGAUGGGAAAAAAUUAGGCAUGGUGGCGAGGGCCUGUAAUCCCAGCUACUUGGGAGGCUGAGGCAGGAGAAUUGCUUGAACCCGGGAGGUGGAAGUUGCAGUGAACUGAGAUCAUGCCACUGCACCCCAGCCUGGGCGACAGAGCAAGACACCAUCUCAAAAAAAAAAAAGAAAUAUGCUAAAUUAAUUGUGAAAUAUAUACAUUUAUGGACCGUUAACAUCAAAUUAAAAAAUAUAGAAGACCGCCAUAAUAGUGUCACCAAAAUUCUUAGACAAGUCAAAGCAAGUUGAAGUCUCAGAGACUUUUUAUUUGCUAAAUGUAUUAUCAGAAUGCUUAGUUGGUGCAAUUAAUACAGUAAUUCUGCCAAUUCCUAACACUGCCAGACCACAGCGACUCAAUGAAACUCACUGACUCUCAGAGAAGUUUAUCCCCUCUGCCAAUGUUCAUCUUUCCUGGCAAACCAUCUUUAGUGUUCCAGGCAAACUAGAGCAUGGUGAAGUUGAAGAAGAUUCUACUUUCUGUUCCAUUCAGAGAGCUUCCUGGUUUUCAAAAGAGUGAGGCAUGUGGGUGUGAAAGAGCUGAGGCAUGAAAUUUGGAUCUUAUCACAAGUGCAGAAGAGAAAACAGGAGAUUUGAAGCACAAAUGUGAUAUGACCUAAUUUCUACUUUUAAAUGAUAACUCUGAUUGUUGUGAGGGAGCUGAUAUGGGAUGAGCUGGGGCAAGAACAUUACUAAGACCAGCUGGAGGCUGGUAAAGUCCUCCAGGAGAGAGCAUCAUGGCUGAACAAUCACCUUCUAGUAAAGAUCAGGCAAGUGGUCAUAUUUGGGAUGUAUUCUGAAAGUGGAGGCAGUUAGAUCGGCUAAUGCGUAAGUUCCUGGAGGGAGUGAGGAUUUUUGAACCACUAGGUAAACACCUGUCAGUGACCGAGAAAAUGUUGGGAUGUGUUAUGAAAGAUGAAUCCUAAAAUUUCUACUUUGAAGACUGGCCCUUCAGGGCCUCAGAAUAUGAACAUCUAUAGUAGAAGGCAAGUGUGGUGCUGAGGGCUGCCACCCACCUCUAGGUACCCAAGCUCCUGCAGCAGUCCUGCUUCUCCCUUUCACCCACCCUCACUCACAGACAGUAUCCCUUUCAGCUAUUCCAUUACCUCUGUUUUUGAUGUGUCUAGUGAGAGCAUAGCUGAUACUUAUGCUUUCCUGAUACACUAGUCUCUCGCUGAUUGCUGACACUGGAGAAGCUUAGGGAACAGGCCUGAGCCGAGUGACCUUUAGGAGCAUUUCCUGUUCUUUUCCUGUACUCUGCUUCCAAGGAGAAACCUGUCUUGCACCAGGCCUGCAGCUUCCUCAGUCGCCCACAUCAUCAGGCAAUAUCUGCCUGGCACUCCUUUUUGUUCCUUUUCUCUGACCUUCCUUUUGACAUGGUUGACCUGAAGUCACUGAGGCAGGACUGCUCAUCUCCAGGUCCUAUGGGAAACAGUAUCCGGUGAAACCAGAGACAAUAAUCUCCAUAAUGCAUUGGGAGCUGCUGGGGUCAAGCAACUACUCUGUGCCUAAGAUACAACUCAGAAAGCCCAGCUAGAACUGAUCUACUUCCCAUAGGGCCAGAGAAGAAUUGCCAAUUAAGAAUGCAUUCUCCCUGAAAUAGAUCUAUAUUUAUUCCAGGGAAAAUACCAAUCUGCCUGGGUCCCUUACAAGAACAAUGUUUUCUGUAGCAAAAUCUAAUCUACUAGGAAGCCUUCUUGUAUUAUUAUCUGCAACUUUUCAGAAGAGCCAGACCAGACCCUCGUAUGCCCAGCACAGGAUCCACUCAUGCACACCUGUCUAGGGCCUUGUCUUUAUGAUUUUCUGUCACCUGGCCUCUCAGCCAUGCCUCCAACCAAGCUAUCCUCAAAUAAAGACUAGCCAUGCACAAAAAGUGAAAAAUUACACAAGACCUACUCAAGGUCUGAAAUGGAAAGUGCAGCUGGUGAUAGUGAGUAUUUUAUUUCAUGAAUUGAUGAACAGGGAAUUUCUAGGUAUCACGGAGCAAUCAGCAGCUGAGGAGAGAGCUACAAAACCAGGACCCUGACAGGGCUUUUUGGAAACUUAAUUUUUUAUUAUCAAAUUAUACAGACAAAAAUGAAAGUAAAGGUAGUGAGGAGUACCACACACCAUUACUUAGAAGGAUAAAUAAAGGACAUCUUUGUGGGGAGGAAAAAAAAAGAUAUAGGAAGAAAGGUAGACUCAGAAUACAAAAUAUCAACAAAUAAGUGUGAGAAAAAGAAUGAGAAAGAAUGAGUAUUAGAAUAUUACAGAUAAAAAUCCUCUGUGAGAAAGAACACUCUGAUGAAACAGGUGACAUAAUUACUGAGUAAAAAACAGAAGACCAAUCAAUCAAGGCAAUUGAGGCUUGGACAGGCAUUACAAAUUAUCUUAGUUGAAUGUAUAAUUGUGGCCAUUUAAUUAUCAGUGAUGACAAUUACAAUAUUUAUUAGAAGAAAUAGAGGAUGAAUUCUAUAGAAUAUUCUGGAGAAAGUGGAGGUCUUAGCUAUAUGACAUCGUGUGGCUCACUUAGGCAACCAUAUAUUCAGUUUGUUCAGGUCUAGAAAUUCCUUGGUGGUUUCUGUGUUCAGUUUUGCUUUAAUAAACCCUAAAGAUAUUUUUAAAAUACAAAUGUUUUAGCUUGCCUGUGUUGUACAGCACCAAGGCUUGCCUGAGUGUAGUGAGAUUCACAGAAGUUUGGACAAUUCUUGUAGCCUGAGCAGGCUGCGAGCACCUUUCUCUCAUAUAUGUGUGCCUGGGAGUGUGCUGUCCUCACACAUCUCACAGAUAAGCAAGACCACCUCUGUUACAUGAAAAAUUUAGCUAAAUGUGAAAAUAUCCACACACACACACAUCAUGAGAGAUGGAAAUAGGCUAUCAAAAGAGUCAGAGAUAUUGACCAUCUUCACUGUUAGCUGUAGGAUCAGUGUCCACCCCCUCGACACACCCACACAAACUCACAUACACAGAAAUGAAAAGCACAGUGGAAAGCAGAAUAGCAGUCUUACCAAAGAGAUUGAAAACCAAAAGAUGUCUAAAGUUCAAUCCUGACACUGUGCUAAUUGCUUGGACACAGUUCCGUCAAAACAUUUGUCCAAGUCAUAGUUAUGCCUUUUAGGAAUUAGACACAAACAACAUCCUACACAACCCUUCCUGCUGGGCUAGAGUCCCAAAAGAAAUGAGGGAUACACUUGACCUGAAGUAAGCAAAGCAGAACCCAGUAUCUGAGGCAAGGAGGCCCACCUGGUAGGGAGCUCAAAUGCGCCAUUGUCCUGCUUGUCUUUAUAAAGGGAGCUGCCACGUUUCUCCCAGCACAAAGUUAGGAGUAACACCAGAGCCUCCUGCAAGAUGCUUCUGAUUCUGCUGUCAGUGGCCCUGCUGGCCUUCAGCUCAGCUCAGGACUUAAAUGAAGAUGUCAGCCAGGAAGACGUUCCCUUCGUAAUAUCAGAUGGAGGAGACUCUGAGCAGUUCCUAGAUGAGGAGCGUCAGGGACCACCUUUGGGAGGACAGCAAUCUCAACCCUCUGCUGGUGAUGGGAACCAGGAUGAUGGCCCUCAGCAGGGACCACCCCAACAAGGAGGCCAGCAGCAACAAGGUCCACCACGUCCUCAAGGAAAGCCACAAGGACCACCCCAACAGGGAGGCCAUCACCAUCCUCCUCAAGGAAGGCCACAAGGACCACCCCAUCAGGGAGGCCAUCCCCAUCCUCCUCAAGGAAGGCUACAAGGACUACCCCAUCAGGGAGGCCAUCAGCAACGUCCUCCUCCACCUCCUCAUGGAAGACCCCAGGGACCACCUCCCCAAGGGGGCCGCCCACAAGGACCUCCACAGGGGCAGUCCCCUCAGUAAUCUAGGAUUCAAUGACAGAGACUGGGUCCUGCUCUUUUGCUUGGGCUACAGUGCAGUGGCACAAUCCUGGCUCACUGCAGCCUCAAUCUCCUGAGUUCAAGUAAUCCUUCCAGCUCACUAUUCCAAGUCACUAGGAGUACAGGCACACCAACUGGAACAGGAUAAAUUUGUAAUUUUUUGUAAAGACAAGGCAUCUUAAUAUGUUGCACUGGAAUUCCUGGCAUCAAGCAUUCCUCCCACGUCGGCCUCCGAAAGCAGUGGAAUUACAGGCAUGAGCCAUCACGCCAAGCAUGUAGAUGUUCUUUUUACCUGAGCGUCAUUGUCCUGCACUCUAUAAAUCCCCAAUCAGAAGACAGCAGAGGCGCCUGACUACUGUGAUAGCUUCUAAUAAGAAGGUGUCAAACUCUGCUGUUCCUGUAGGAAGAAAAGUGCCUGAGUUCAAUUGAUGUGGUUUCAGCCAACAGUACACAAAAGAAAAAAGAUAGAAAUACUUCAUAAAUUGGGCCCUCAGGACAUAUUUGAUGCACUGUCUUGUGUGGUUUUCACAUCUGAAUGUAUGGUACAAUAUUAAAUACUUAUAAUAUUAUCUCAUAAGCACCAGAGAGAAUCACCCAGGCACAAGCUCCAAGUAGAAAAAUGUUAAUGGGACAAAUCCUUCUGGCAUGUGAACCAGCGGGUGGAUUAUGAUGUAGCAUGAGUGCCUCUGCCUUCCAAUGUUCAAAGCUUGCCUUAUUGAACUUUUUGUGUAUUGCAAACAGAGCAAAUGCAUGUGUGCAAGACAAAAUAGAAAGUCACUCAGUACAUUAAAAAAAACAGAAAUAAUUGACCAAUUAUUAAAGAAUGAAACAAUCAAGAGAUGACAACUUUGAAGCAACUUGGAAUUGAAAUGAUAAGAUUUUAAAGCAGCUGUUAUAGCCAUUCUUUAAAACAUCAAUAUGUGCACUUUAAAAAUAAAUGAAAAAAAACUUCUCAGCAGAGAAAAAGUAAGUAUAGAAGUUAAUAAAAUAGAAACUUUAGAACUGAGAUAUAUAAUGUAUAAAAUUUUAAAAAUCAUUGUGUGUAAUCAACAGCAGAAAUAAAAUGAUAGAGGAAAUACUCCGUGUUUUUGAGGUUGGAUUAAUAGAAAUUGUACACUCUGAACAACAAAGGGUAAAAUAAUUGAAAAAAAUUUUACAUUGUGUCACAAAUAUGAAAGGCUAUAACAAAUGAUGUGAUAUUCAUGCAUUCUGAGUUUCAGAAAAAGAGAACAAUGAGGAUGGUAUUGAAAGAGGACUCAAAGAUAGAAUGGCCAAAAAUUCCCCAAACUUGCAAUGGGCAUAAACCUGCAGAUGCAAGAAAUUGAGCAAAUCCCGACCAAAAUAUACCCAAGGAAAUGUAUGCCCAGCAGCUCUGUAGUAAAAUUUCUGAAAAUUAAAAUGAAGAAAAUGUUUUCAAAGCAGCUAGAAAGAAAUACUACCAUAGUUAUAGGAAUGUGAAUGUGAAUAACAGUGGCGUUACUACCAGAAACCAGAAGAAACAGAAGAAUGUAGCUCAAAUAUUUGAAAUGCUGAAAGAAAAAAAAGGCCAAUCAGAGGUUUAUGUCCAACAAAACUAUCCUUCAAUGAGACAGAAAUCCAGUUAUUCUCAAAAGAAUGAAAAGAAAAAAAAAACCUAAGAGAAUUUGUUUCCAACAAACCUAUUUUUAAAAAAAUGGCUCAAGGAAGUUCUCUAAACAGAAAAGAAAGAAUAGAGAAGAAAUUUUUGUAACAUCAAAAAUGAAGCAAAAAAAGAAAAGAAAAGAAAGAAACAGAAAAUGGGGGAAAA